AUGUCCGAUACAGAAUCCGGAGUGCAAGAUCAAAUUAUUAUAAAUAACCAGGAAGCGGAGUCAAGUUCUACGUCAACUGCUGAUCCAAAGGAGAGAAGGAAGAUCGAAAUUAAAUUCAUUGAAAAUAAAACAAGACGACAUGUCACGUUCUCGAAGAGAAAACAUGGUAUAAUGAAGAAAGCAUUUGAAUUGUCAGUGCUUACAGGAACACAAGUAUUAUUAUUGGUAGUUUCUGAGACUGGAUUGGUGUACACUUUUAGCACUCCCAAAUUUGAACCAAUUGUUACUCAGCAGGAAGGUAGGAAUUUAAUUCAAGCUUGUUUAAAUGCACCAGAUGAUGAAGAUGAGGAGGAGGAGGAUGAAGACGGGGAAGGCGACGACAACAAUGUUCAAACAAAUAUUAAUGAUGAAAAUGAUGAAAUUAAUAAUAAUAACAAUAAUAAUAAUAAUAAUACUAAUAGUAAUAUGACGAGUCACAACAAUAUCCAUAACAAUAUAAAUGGUGUGCCGAAUAACGCAGAAAAUCUCGUCCCAGUGACGACUGAUAUUCAUCAGGAAAAUAAUAUGAACCUAAAUGGCAUAAAUUCAAUGAACGCACUUAAUAGUAUGAAUCAAGCAAUUGCGAAUGUUGGAGUUCAUUCCAGUAUCCUUAACAAUAAUAAUAAUAAUAAUUCUCCACUAAAUCAAUCUGAAAUAAAAACUGAAAUGAAACCUACAGUCACUCUUGAAAAUAAUCAAGUGAUAUCAUCUGCAGGUACAUUUCCAAAUCAAUAUCAACACCCUCAACAACACCCUCAACAACAGCAUGGCCAGCAACAGCAACAACAACAGCAGAAUGCUCUGGUACAACAAUUCCAAAAUGCUCAGAAUUUUACGAAUGUUGGAUCUCCGUACUUGAAUUCUGAACAGUCAGCAGUCUACCAACAAUAUUUCCAAGAGUCUCAACAGAAUCAGUUCUAA